AUGCUUUGGUUAAUAAGCCAAAGAGGUAAGGGAGGCAAAAUACACCACAGCCAGGAUUUCGAAACUGACGCAAAUAGCAUAAUAUGGUUUAUUUUCGAGAGUCUCUUCGUCAUUCUUUUCAUCAUCGAACUUGUGAUCCGUUGGGCCUCGCUGAAGAGGCGAUCAACUUUCUUUCAUGAUGGAUGGAAUAUUUGUGACGUGAUCCUCGUGCUGGCCUCGGGUGUCGACUGCUUCGUCCUGAGCCUGAUUGGAAUCGGUGGGCAGAUCCGCUUCUUCACGGUGAUCCGUGCGUUGCGAGUGAUCCGGUUUGUGCGCCUUGUCAGAAUGUUCUCUGCUUUUCGAGAGUUAUGGCUGCUAGUGGGCGGCCUUACAAACUCUGUGAAGGCUUUGUCGUGGGUAGGGCUAGUUGUGUUCAUGCUCAUUUAUGUUUGUGGUAUCAUUUGCACCGCAGAGAUAGGUCAAAAUGAUGAGACAUACGCAAUUGGCCCUUCCUACAAUGGAGAGGUAUGGCCAUACAAGCAAUACUUUGGAACCGUGUUUAGGUCAAUGUUCACCCUUCUGCAGGUCCUGACUUUGGACGGUUGGUGCGAUGACAUCGUUCGGCAUGUGGUCUACAGACAGCCGGUGAUGGGCGUUUUUUUCAUUUGCUUUAUCCUCCUCACUUCCUUUGGCCUCAUGAACGUCGUUGUCGGCAUCAUUGUAGAAAACACCUUAGCUGCUGCUCAGGUGGUCGACAAGCGGAAAGAAGAAAAACUUGCAAGACAUCGCAAGGAGACUGUCCAGCAGCUGGUCGCCAUCCUGUCGAGGUCUGACUCCAAGCGGUCUGGCUUGAUCUCGCUUGAGGAGCUGCGAGCAGCAAAUCAGAGCGUAAUUGUCCAGAAGAAAUUCGAAUCUAUUGGUUUGCAGUUUGAGGAGGUUGAACAUGUUUUUACACUGCUAGACGUUGACCGCUCUGGAAAGAUAGAACUAUUGCGAUUCGAAAAUGCUUGUCGAGAGUUGGUAGGUGGUGGCAAGCGUCGAGAUAUUGCGCAAGUGGAGGUGAACAUGGGAACUUUGGCCAAUCGGCUGGACAAGUUGGACAACAAGUUCGGAUUGAUUGAGCGAGAGGUGGCCACCAUCGCUGCAAUGACCGAAGAGUUUGUUCACAACACAGUUCGACAUUUGACUGGGCAUGAUCCUACUUUGGCCAAACG